AUGUCACCGAACUCCUGGUUCCGCUACUGUUUCAGGUGUGAUAAGCUGACAGUAGUGGACGACUACAUCCGCGGCCACGAGAAGACACACGGCUUCGAGUUCGUAAAGUUUUUGGACAAAUGUAUUGUCGACCGGAGUAUCGGUGACGCGAUUGGCCAACAGAUACCCCACGCCCGCAGAGACAAAAUGGACCCCAAAAUGCUGACCAAAUUGGUCGCUCGACUACUAAAGCAGCACCGGAUCGAUGAGAGCGCCUGUCCUAACAUUGUCUCACAACGCAAUGGCAAACAACUCAAGUAUCUGCUCUACAAGAGGUUCAUCGAAGGCGGCUUUUCCGAUGGCUCGUGGCGUGAGAUCAUUAUCAACACAGUGGCCGACAAUAAAGAGCUUCAGGAAGAGUUGAUUUAUCAGGUCGUGUCGUACGGUGAUUACAACGACGCCUUCAAAUGGGCCCAACAUUUCGAUAUACCGGUCGACCGGCGGCCGCACUGUAUACUGAAUAUGACUGAAAGCGCGGCACCGGUGCCAACCGAUUCGUGGGACGGUUGGGGCGAUGAGGACUUGACCGACAAUUACCACUCUUUGAAGCUCUCAUUACUUGAUUCAGUCGUUUGGGUGAACAAUGAUCUCAAAUUCGGGUCUUUCAUUAAACACAUAACUGAAGGCUAUCAAAUCAUUGGAAUCGAUGGCGAGUGGCCACCAUCUCUGGGAUCAAACGCUCAGAAGUUAUCGAUACUACAGAUCGCGUCGUGUGAUUCGUGUCAUAUAAUUGAUAUCUUAAACUUAAAUCAAUCACAAAUGGGGACGAUAUUCACGGAACAAAUACUCAACUCGAAGUCAAUAAUAAAACUCGGUUUUGGUAUUCAUAACGACUUGUCUCUAAUCAAGGAGUCGUUUAAUAUGAGCACAAACUUUAGGCCACAGAAUGUGUUGGAUUUGUCCAAAUUCAUGGAAUAUAUAUUGAGUGAAUUCACGGAUCUUAUCGCCGACACAGUCAUAGCUGAGGCCCGAAGAAACGACUUGAAAGGGUUGUCCAAAACUGUGUUCAUACUGUUGGGCAAAGCGCUCAACAAAUCGGAACAGUUUUCCGAUUGGAAUCGGCGGCCAUUACGCGAAGAUCAGGUGAAAUACGCGGCUUUGGAU